CUAAUUACAAGUAUGUUAUUAAUUAAUUUUGAAAAUAUAAUGAUGUCUUUUCUUUAAAAUUUAUUAAAUUAAUUAAAUUCAUAAAAUCAUUCUAAUAAAAUGACAAGGAGUGUUUAUAAAAAAUUACCCUCAAAAAAUUAGAAAGUAAAUAAAAAUAAAAAAGAGAACGUUGUUGUUAUAUAAGCUAAAUAAUUAACUUCGUCUUCAAGAAUUAACACUCAAAAGAAGUAAAAUAAGACCAAGUACAUUACUAAGAAAAAUAAAAAAGUCACACCUAGGCAGAAAAUUAGCAAAAUCUCUCAAAAUUAGCCUACUAGCUAAGAUUAACCGUCAAAUAUAUAAAACAAAUAUAAUUUUAAAGAUAUUUAAAGAAAAAUGCUUUACAGAAAAAUAUAAUAAAAUGAUAGUAUUUUAAAAAGCAAACCUUAUUUUAACUACUUCCAUUGCAAAGAUUAUGAAAAAGAUCCCAGAAAGUGUGACAACUGCUUUGAUAGUUAAAUAACAGAAGAAAAUGAAAUGCUUUAUUGUGAAGAAUGCAAUUCCUUUUUACAUAAGCUUUGUUAUAGUGUGUCUUAAGACUAGUUUGAUCUUAUAAAUAAAUAAGAAACCGAAGAUGAGUGCAAUUUUACUUUUGUAAAGUGUGAAAGCUGUUUAGAAAGAGAAAUAAACCCAGAAAUAGAUAUAUAAUGCUUAAUAUGUUAAAGAGAUAUAGGUAUGAUGAAAUGCUUUUACUUUGAUUCUAGAAGAGUAAAAUUUUCUUCUAAGAAAAAUAAACAAUAUUCAGACUACGAAUACUUUAUAGAUAAAACACCUGUGCUAUUGUUAAAUGAGGAACAAAUAAAAAACAAUAAAUAUAUCAAAAGAGUUUUUGCACAUCCCCUCUGUAUAAAUAGCUCUUCUUGUCUCUUUAUCUACCAUUUUAAAUUCUUACUUAUUUGGGAUGAAGAGGAUUAUAAGAAAAAAAGUAACUAAGGUAAGAAGUAUAAAUGCUCUUAGUGCAAUCAAGGAAAUGGCCUUCUCAUUUAAUGUGAACACCAAAACAAAUAAUUUCCCUCAUGCAAACAGUUCUACCACCCAUUAUGUGCAGCAGAAAAAAAAAUGAUAUACUAUCAAUAAGGAAUGAGACUUAUCCAUUAAAACUAAUCUGUGAGAUAUUCAGAUAAAGAAGAAAAUAUUACUUAUUACUACAUUAUAUGCAAUAAUCAUAUUGCUCAGAUCUUUUAAUAAAAAUAAUCUUAUGGCUUUUUUAAUGAUAAAUAACAGAUUUACAGCUAAUUAAAAAUGAAUACAGAAGAAGAACAAAAGAAUUACGAUGAUUGGAUACAGUAAAUGAUAGAUGAAUAUGGCCCUUAAAACAAAAACAAAGAUUAAAUGUCUGUCUAACUAAACUAAAAUAAGGAAAUAAAAGAUUCAUAAAUUAGCAAAGAUGUUUUAAGUCAUAAAAUUCAAGAUAUUAGUGUUGGGAUUUCAAAUUUAGAAUAGUUUUAUUAUCAAAAAAAUGACCCUAAAAGAUAAAAAGAAAGCAAAGAACCUAGCUCAAGCAUAGACAGCUCUUAAUAGGAAGUGAGUAAAAAAAAUAACAGUGUUGUAUAAAACUAAAACCAAAAUUAACCAGCAUCAAUUCAUUUUAGUAAUUGGAAUUAGUCUAAUUUAAAAUUUGAAAGUCAACAUGAAAAAGGAAAAUAAAAAAGCUAAGACCUCAAAAAUGUAUAGUCUGAUGAGAAUAAAUGUGAUAAAUUUUAAGCAAUAGAUUAAAACAAUUAAGAUGAUGAAACAGACAACAUUUAUAAGUUAAAUAUAUUUGAGCAAUAAAGGCUUAUAGUAAAAAAUGAUAUUGAUCUCAAAUAACAAUUUUAAAGCAACAUAAAAUAAAAUUCUUUAGAAAAAUAAAAAUAAAUUGUAAACUACAAAGCAAUAGAGUUAGAAAAAAUAUUUUUAGAUAAAUUUAUGAACUAGAAAAAAGAAUUCGAGAACAAAAUAACCUAAAAAAAAUCUUUGAGCAAUGAAAAACUGGAAAAUCUUUAACCAAAAAUAUUAAAUUAAAAAGAACAGCAAAAACAAACUAAGUCACAAAAGAAUAUAUAAAAUGUACUUAAAAGAGAGCUUGGCUUAGAUUUGCCUUCCCCAUAGAAAAAGAAAGUGAAAAAACUAUAACAAAAAAAAAUUUUUAAAGCAAAUUCUGAUGAUGAAGAAUAAGAGGAAGAAAAAGAUUUCUUACAAGGAAAUAACAAUUAAGAAACCGAAAUAGAAACGAGAAUAUUAGAUAAGCAAGCAAAGAGAGAAAAAUUCAAUAAAAAGAAUAUAAAUGAAAAAUGUAAUGAGAGCAAAUAAUCAGAUGAAAGUUUUCAAAAUACAAGAGAAAGUAGCAGUGAAAAUAGUGAAUAAGAAUAAUAAAAUUAGCUUAGGAGAUCUAGUAGAGUGAAAAGAGCACCUGUCUCACUUGAUAAUAAUAUAUUUACUAUUUAUGAACAGAAGAAAUCCUCACUAAAAGAGAAAGAUGUGACAAGUAAUGAAUCCAAAUAAUCCUCUUCUGAUACUAAGCAAAUAGAAGAAAUAAAUCUGUUUUCUUCAUCUACAAAAAAAUAAAAAUAAACAAAAAAUAAACCAAAUAGCUAGAAAUAGAAUAAAUUUAAGAAAUCUAAAGAAAACAUUUUCUCCAACGAUGAAGAAGAUAAAAAUAUCUAUUAAAGUAAUGAUGAAGACAGUGGAUUAAGCGAUUACUUCUAUUCAAAAAGUAAACCCAAAAAAAAAAUUAAAUGGGAAGAUGAUCAAAAUUAAGUUAAGUGUGAAAAGAGUUUGAAAUUUGAUGACCUAGAAAGCUCUGCUGAAGAAGGAAACAAAAAUAAAAAAAAUAUUUAGUAAAAAUAAAAAAAAAUAAACUAUAGAAACCUUGAUUAACGAGAAGAUGAAUCAUUAUAAGAAGAAAAUAGUGUAUAUAACAAUGAUUCUUUUUAACUAAUGCUAGAUUCCUCACUAACAGAAUAAGAGGAAUUGUAAGACUUAGGAUAUAUCAUAGAUAAGUUAAAUUAAUAUGAAAAUAAGGAAAAUUUAGAGUCUAAACAAGUUGAGGAAGACGAAGAUAUUGAAGAUGAUAUACCAAUAGACUUACCUGAUUUAACGUCUCAUUUUUUUUAUGAUGAAAAAGAGGAGUAAAGUUAAAGCAAAACAAUAUUCUAGUUGGAAUCUAAUAUAAAUAUUUUAGAAUAAAAAAUUUUCUUUUUAAAGGAAGACUCUAAACUCAAAAAAUACUCAAUUCUAAAUCAUUAAAAUUUUGAGAUGUAUUAAUAAAAGGAGUUAAAAAGAUUAAUGAGUAGAAAAGAGAUGUUAGAAUAACAAAUUUAGUAAAAGAAAAAAAUAAAGAUAGAAAAAUAUAGACAACAACUGCAUUAUUUUGAUUAAAUAUUAGAUCUGAAGUGCUUACCAAAUAUCAAAAGUUAAAAUUUUUAAAAAUGCUUAAAAAACAACAUUGAUAAGUAAGUCCCUUCUUUUAGGUUGAUAAAGUAUAAGCUAAGCUAAAACCAAGACUUCUCAAAAGAAAUACCUCUUAACUUUUAAAUUUGUGAUCUCAAUUCGAAAUUUGAAAUUAUAGGAUUUUCUACACUUACCAAAGUGAAUAUAAAGCAAAAAGAGCAUGCAAAUUUAAUUCAUAACUUUUUUUCCUUUCAAAAAUGA